UUCUCGCUACUUCUGCUCACUAGUUACAUUCUGUUACGUGAUUAUUAGCAAUGGAGGCUGUGGAGGAGGUGGUCGUUCUCAUCGUCGGUGCGGGGCCAGCAGGCCUGGCAACAGCAGCGUGCCUCGCACAGCGCCAUGUGCCCUAUGUCAUUGUCGAGCGUGAGUCCUGCACCGCGUCGCUGUGGCGCCACCGUGCCUAUGACCGACUCAAGCUGCACCUCGCCAAGGAGUUCUGUGAGCUGCCACACAUGGCGUAUCCUGUAGGCACGCCAACAUACAUCCCUAGGGAUAUGUUUGUGGAGUACCUAGAUAGCUACACUGACCAGUUUGGGAUACGACCAAGGUACCACACUGCUAUCGAGUCAGCAAUAUAUGAUGGAGGUAAGAACCGUUGGGCUGUGCUAGCACGGGACACGGACACUAGUGUUGUGACAAGGCUCACCGCACAGUUCCUUGUCGUGGCCACUGGCGAGAACAGUGCGGCAAGCAUUCCACCAGUUCCUGGUCUCACUAGGUUUGAGGGAGAAGCCAUUCACUCGUCGGCUUACAAGUCUGGGAGAGCCUAUACCGGGAAGAAUGUGCUUGUGGUCGGUGCCGGGAAUUCUGGCAUGGAGAUCGCCUAUGAUCUUGCCACGCAUGGAGCCCACACCUCCAUAGUUGUUCGUAGCCCGAUACACAUCAUGACCAAAGAACUAAUACGAUUUGGGAUGACAGUGGUCCAAAAUCUAGGGCUAACAGUGACAACAGCGGAUUCUCUUCUUGUGAUGGCUGCAAAUUUUUAUUUUGGAGACUUGUCAAAACAUGGUAUUACGAGGCCUAAAAUUGGUCCUCUUUUACUGAAAUCACAAACUGGCCGGUCCGCCGUCAUAGAUGUAGGGACUGCAAGAUUAAUCAAAGGAGGAGUUAUCAAAGUGUUCCAAGGAAUAUCGAAGAUAAAAACAAAUAGUAUUGAAUUUCAUGGUGGGAAGCAAAUUCCUUUUGAUGCCAUUGUAUUUGCAACAGGCUACAAAAGCACAGUAAAUACAUGGCUAAAGAAUGGUGAAAGCAUGUUUAAAGAUGAUGGUUUCCCUAAGAAAUUCUUUCCAAAUCAUUGGAAAGGUGAAAAUGGACUAUAUUGUGCUGGGUUUGCAAGGAGAGGAUUGGCCGGCAUUGCCAUGGAUGCUAAGAAUAUUGCAGAUCACAUAGUGGCCACCAUGGAUCAAGUGUCUUGUUAA